GCGUUUAGUUUAUAUUUUAUUUUUGUUGAAGUCAAUAAAGAAUUACGAAAUACAGGAAUUUCAAAUCUUUUAAACAGUCAUAAAAUGGAUUUCUACUAUGCGCCUGCUUCUGCUCCUUGUCGUGCCGUGCUCAUGACCGCUCAAGCUUUGGGCAUUAAACUGAAUAAAAAGCUGGUGAACUUGUUUGCUGGGGAGCAUCUGAAGCCUGAAUUCCUGAAGCUCAACCCACAGCACACCGUUCCGACUUUAGUGGACAAUAGUUUCGCCAUUUGGGAAUCCCAUGCUAUUAUAAUUUAUUUGGCCGAGAAAUACGGUAAAAACGAUUCGUUAUAUCCAAAGUGCCCAAAGAAGCGUGCCGUUGUAAACCAACGUUUGUUCUUUGACAUGGGUACUAUAUAUCAGGCAUUCUUUGACACCUAUGUGCUGCAGUAUAUCCUGAAACAAUCUGUUGCGCCGGAGACAUACAAUAAAAUUGCUCCUGCUUUUGAGUUAUUAAACACUUUCCUAGAGGGACAAACCUACGUUGCUGGAGACUCAUUGACUUUGGCUGAUAUUUCCUUGUUGGCAACUGUGUCUUCAUACGACGUUGCCAAAUAUGACUUUAGUAAAUAUGCGAAUGUGACUAGAUGGUAUGAGAAUUUGAAGAAAACUGCGCCUGGCUGGGAGGAAAACUGGGAAGGCUGCUUAAUAUAUAAGAAGAUGUUGAAUAAUUAAAUUUAUAUUUAAGUUAAAGUCAUUGAAGAAAUUUGUUGAGAUUUUAUGUUAAGGCAUAGAAAAUAAUUAAGUUAAAUAAAAAAAUAUAUAUUUGUGUAAAAAUGUAAAUGAAUAAAAAAUUGUUUACCUAUUUUAGCAUCAACAAA